AUCACCAGAUGUCUGAUUACAAGACCGUGGUACAGCGGCCAAUGUCUGACCCAUUCCACCCAGGAGAAAAUGUGACUCUGCAGUGUACAGUGCUCUCUGAGACCUGUACAGCAGAGCACAGUGUGUACUGGUUCAGAGCAGGAUCAGGAGAAUCCCAUCCAGGAGUCAUUUACACCCCUGGGAACAGGAGUGAUGAGUGUGAGAAGAGCCCUGAGACUCCCUCUCCUACAAAGAGCUGUGUCUACAACCUCUCCAAGAACAACCUCAGUCUCUCUGAUUCUGGGACUUACUACUGUGCUGUGGCCACAUGUGGGGAGAUCCUGUUUGGCAAUGGAACAAAAUUGGACAUGGCCACUAUCAAGAAAUGGAACAAGUCAGAAAAGGCUCUGGUAGUGGUUGUUGUAGGUUUGGCAGUGGCGUUGGUGUUGUGUGGGAUUGGGAUCAUCUUCCUUGCCUGCAACAGAAGUAAAGAGCAAGUCUGUGAAAAUUGCAAAGCAGUAGGUACCUGUCCAGGAGGCAGACAUGACGGAUUAAGGGGAGAACAGGCUCAAGAUGGAGUUACGUUGAAUUAUGGUGCAUUGAAUUUCUCUGAGAGGAAAACUAAAAGAGGAAGAAAGAAGAGAGAGACACCACAGGAGAGUGUGUACUCUGAUGUCAGGUUCUCAGAACGGGAGUGAACUUAGCUUAAUCAUUCUAAAAUGUAACAUUAAUAAUACUUACAUUUGUAAGUCAGUGCCCCUUGUACACAGAGAAAUUGAAAAUAUGAAAAUAUGACAAAUGUAAUAAAAUAAAUAAAAAAUCAUGAUC